AUGGGCGUCCGCGAAAAAGCAAAGAACCUCUUCAAAUCCAAAUCCCGCACCUCCUCCCAACCGAGCACCAACUCCGGCUCUCCUGACCGCUGGCCCAGCAACGUCUACCGCCCCGACGAACCCAUGCCGCGGCCCAAAUAUCGUGCACCGCCGAAGAAAGAGCACAAGGAGAAACUCGAAGCGUUCAACUUCGCUGACGCGUGGCGGAAGAAGAGCUUCCAGAGCACGUAUUCACCCAUGGGGACACGAGCGCCGAGUAGAGUGCCGAGCGCUGCACCGUCAAGGCGGACGAGUUUUCUGAGUUUUGGGAAGACGAGUCGGAGUACGAGUGUCAGCAGUGAAAUGGGCGCUGGACAGCAGGCGGGAGCGAGACAGCGGGAAGGGCACGGAGCGGCGCUAGCGACGAGGUUGAGCACAGAGGUCGAGCAGGAGGGCGACGACGACGUGGGGAAUGUGGGCUUGUCGCGGGUGCAGACGAGAGAACGGGAGAAAGAGCGGCCCCGGACGGCGGAGGAUGUGAGGGCGCAAGAGCAGAUGGAGGGUUUGGAGAAGAUGGAUACGGUCACGGCGAGGGAUCAUCUGCCUUUCUCCGAGCGGGAUUUGGCGCUGGCGAUGUCGAGGACGAGGUUGGAGGUUGCUGCGCAGUCGUGA